GGUCGUCCCCCCCCCCCCCCAUCCCACACCUCUGCCCGCCGGUGGCACCCCCGGGCACCCCUGGGCACCGGCGACCGGUCCUGAGCCGAGGAUGCCUCGCGGCUUCCUGGUCAAGCGGCACAAGCGGCCGACGCCGGCCUCCUACCGCAUCCGCUGCUGCGACCACGGUCACCGGGACCUGCUGCUCUUCGCCCACGCCGGCUCCUCCUCCCCUUCGUCCCCCUCGUCGUCGUCGUCGUCGUCGUCCUCCUCCUCGCCGCCCCCGGCCCGCCCGCCGAGGCCCGGGCAGUUCGGCAACCCGGAGGCCUUGCCCCCCGGGCCGUUGUCCAGCCCCACGCGUCCGGUGAGCCGCGACCACGAGAAGAAGAAGUACUUCGAGCGGAGCUUCGAGCUGGGGUCGCCGGUGUCGGCCGAGUCCUUCCCCGGGCCCGGGGGCACGUGCGCCGUCGACCCCCUGCCCUUCGCCCCCGCCGACCUGAAGAUGGGCACCUCGUCCGUCGCCCCCGGCCGACCGGCCGGCCCGGCCAAGAGGCCGCCGACGGCCGAGGGCCCGGCCAAGCCCGCCAAGGCCCCGGCCGCCAAGAAGCCCAAGGCCAUCCGCAAGCUGCACUUCGAGGACGAGGUGACCACCUCGCCCGUGCUGGGCCUGAAGAUCAAGGAGGGUCCGGUGGAGCCGCCCAGGCCCCACGCCCACGGCGGGCCGGCCGUCGGCGGGGCCGGGCGCCCGCUGGGCGAGUUCAUCUGCCAGCUGUGCAAGGAGGAGUACGCCGACCCCUUCGCGCUGGCCCAGCACAAGUGCUCCCGCAUCGUGCGGGUGGAGUACCGCUGCCCCGAGUGCGACAAGGUCUUCAGCUGCCCGGCCAACCUGGCCUCCCACCGACGUUGGCACAAGCCGCGCCCGCCCAGCGCCGGUGCCACCAACGGGCCUCCGGCCCCCGACCCCGCCCGGCCCGGGGUCGACCGGGACACGCCGAGCCCCGGGGUGUCCGAGUCGGGCUCCGAGGACGGGCUGUACGAGUGCCACCACUGCGGGAAGAAAUUCCGUCGCCAGGCCUACCUGCGGAAGCACCUGUUGGCCCACCACCAGGCCCUGCAGGGCAAGGACCGGCCGGGCCCCCCCGAGCCCCCGGCGGCGGCCGACCAGGCGGGGAAGGAGCCCGGGGGCCCAGGGGAGGGUCCCGUCGAGUACCACCUGUGCCCGGUGUGCGGGGAGACCUUCGCCACCAAGGCCGGCCAGGAGCGUCACCUGCGCCUCCUCCACGCCGCCCAGGUGUUCCCCUGCAAGUACUGCCCCGCCACCUUCUACAGCUCCCCCGGCCUCACCCGCCACAUCAACAAAUGCCACCCUUCGGAGAACCGCCAGGUCGUUCUCCUCCAGGUGCCCGUGCGCCCCGCCUGCUAGGGAGGGCCCCAGCCCGGCCGCCCGGCCACCCGGGGAAGGGAGGGAAGUUGAGGCCAAGAGGGGAUGAUGGGGAGGGAAGUUGAGGCCAAGAGGGGAUGAUCUCUCCCCCCCACCUCCCGUCGCGAAGCGCUGACGACGUGCCGAGCACUGUGCGGAGCGCUGGGGGCCUCGUCCCCCUUUGACACGUCAGGUCGCCCGGGCCCGGACAGAGUGACUGGCCCGGAGGCGCACGGCUUGACGAGUGGAUUAGAACCCACGACCUCCGACCCCCUCCCGACCCAAACCCGGG